GCGCCUCGCGUGGGCUCCCGGCCCCCGACGGACACAGCCAGGCCCGCGGAGCCCACCAUGCUGCGCCCGGCCCCCGCGCGCCGCCUCCCGGGACUCCUCCUGCUGCUCUGGCCGCUGCUGCUGCUGCUGCCGCCCCUCGCCGCCGACCCCGUGGCCCGCCCGGGCUUCCGGAGGCUGGGGACCCGAGGUCCCGAGGGCAGCCCUGGACGCCGCCCCUCUUCUGUGGCUCCCGACGGCGCGCCCGCUUCCGGGGCCAGUGAGCCCGGCCGCGUCAGCGGUGCAGGUGUUUGUAAAAGCAGGCCCUUGGACCUGGUGUUUCUCAUUGAUAGUUCUCGUAGUGUACGGCCCCUGGAAUUCACCAAAGUGAAAACUUUUGUCUCCCGGAUAAUUGACACUCUGAACAUUGGGCCGGCUGACACACGGGUGGCAGUGGUGAACUAUGCCAGCACUGUGAAGAUCGAGUUCCAGCUCCAGGCCUACACAGAUAAGCAGUCCCUGAAGCAGGCUGUGGGUCGAAUCACACCCUUAUCAACAGGCACCAUGUCAGGGCUGGCCAUCCAGACAGCAAUGGAUGAAGUCUUCACAGUGGAGGCAGGGGCUCGAGGGCCCUCUUCUAACAUCCCUAAGGUGGCCAUUAUUGUGACAGAUGGUAGGCCCCAGGACCAGGUGAACGAGGUGGCGGCUCGGGCCCAAGCAUCUGGUAUUGAGCUCUAUGCUGUGGGCGUGGACCGGGCAGACAUGGAGUCCCUCAAGAUGAUGGCCAGUGAGCCCCUAGAAGAGCAUGUUUUCUACGUGGAGACUUACGGGGUCAUUGAGAAACUCUCCUCUAGAUUCCAGGAAACCUUCUGUGCGUUGGACCCCUGUGUGCUUGGAACACACCAGUGCCAGCACGUCUGCAUCAGUGAUGGGGAAGGCAAGCACCACUGUGAGUGUAGCCAAGGAUACACCUUGAAUGCCGACAAGAAAACGUGUUCAGCUCUUGAUAAGUGUGCUCUUAACACCCACGGAUGUGAGCACAUCUGUGUGAACAACAGAAGUGGCUCUUAUCAUUGUGAGUGCUAUGAAGGUUAUACCUUGAAUGAAGACAGGAAAACUUGUUCAGCUCAAGAUAAAUGUGCUUUGGGUACCCAUGGGUGUCAGCACAUUUGUGUGAAUGACAGAACAGGGUCCUAUCAUUGUGAAUGCUAUGAUGGCUACACUCUGAAUGCGGAUAAAGAAACAUGUUCAGUCCGUGACAAGUGUGCUCUAGGCUCUCAUGGUUGCCAGCACAUUUGUGUGAGUGAUGGGGCCGCAUCGUACCACUGUGAUUGUUAUCCUGGCUACACCUUAAAUGAGGACAAGAAAACAUGCUCAGCCAUUGAGGAAGCACGAAGACUCGUUUCUACUGAAGAUGUUUGUGGAUGUGAAGCUACACUGGCAUUCCAGGAGAAGGUCAGCUCGUCUCUUCAAAGACUGAACACUAAACUUGAUGGCAUUUUGGAGAAGUUGCAAGUAAAUGAAUAUGGACAAAUACAUCGUUAAAUUGCUCCAAUUUCUCACCUGGAAAUGGGGACAGCUUGGUAUACUUAAUACUCAUGCAUUCUUUUGCACACCUGUUAUUGCCAAUGUUCUUGCUAAUAAUUUGCCAUUACCUGUAUUAAUGCUUGAAUAUUACCUGAUAAAUUGUAUGAAGAUCUUCUGGAGAAUCAGCAUGAUUUUUCCAAGGAAAUAAAUAUGCAGAUCCUUAUUAAGAGCAAACUUUAGUGUCUCUAAGUUAUGACUGUGAAAUGAUUGGUAGGAAAUAGAAUGAAAAGUUUAACAUUUCCUUAUCUACUAAUUGAGCCAUUUAAUUUUUAAAUGUUUAUAUUAGACAACCAUAUUCAUGAUGGAAACUUUAGGUCUAGUUUCUUUUGAUAGUAUUUAUAAUAUAAAUCAAUCUUAUUACUGAGAGUGCAAAUUGUACAAGGUAUUUACACAUACAACUUCAUAUAACUGAGAUCAAUGUAAUUUUGAACUGUUUAACACUUUUUGUUUUUUGCUUAUUUUGUUGCAGUACUAUUGAAGAUGUGAUCAAUAAUAGAUUGUAAUACACAUAUCUAAAAAUAAUUAGCACAGAUCAAGUGAACAUUACAUUGCCAUUUUUAAUUCAUUCUGGUCUUUGAAAGAAAUGCACUACUAAAGAGCACUAGUUGUGAAUUUAGGGUGUUAAACUUUUUACCAAGUACAAGAAAUCCUAAAUUGACUUUAUUAUUUUGCUUCAGGAUCCAAGUGAUAAAGUUAUAUAUUUAUAAAAUUGCUAUAAAUCGACAAAAUCUAAUGUUGUCUUUUUAAUGUUAGUGAUCUGCCUGCCUCGGCCUCCCAAAGUGCUGGGAUUACAGGCGUGAAAGUCUAACAUUUUUACUUAUAUAUUAGAUACAUAUAAUUCUUUUGGCUUUGAAACUUGCAACUUUUAGAACAAAACAGUCCUUUAAAUUUUGCACUGCUCAAUUCUUUUAUUGGUUUGUAUUGUCUUUAAUAAAAGUUACUACCUUUACA